UUGAAAUUCUUGUUAAACAAUCCACGAAUCUUUAUAAAAUGCAAUCAAUUGAAACAUUAUAUAAUAAAGAUCAUAAUAAAACUGAAAACCAGAAAUCCUCUCGUUUAAAAAAGCUUAAACCAGAAGUAGCUCUCGAAUUAUGCAAGCACCGACCCAGCUAUGAGUAUGUCAAAGCAAUUGCUAUAGAACAUUUGGAGAAAAGUCUGAAUGAUCAGUUACAGCUGUUAAUAUCGGUUGAUAAAUGUGACUACAACGAUAUGGAUAAACUUUCCAAGAACAUAUUUAGUUGGAGUAAAAAAGAUUUCUUGGAAAGAAGAGCUCUGGAAAAUUGUGUAUGGAUUGAUGUGUUCAAGAAACAUACUAAUAGAGAUUGUUUGGAAAAAUUUAAAAUUAAAACAGAUUUGAGAGAAAUGCUUAAUCUGCUAAAUCUAUUAUUUAAAGGAGAUUCAGAGAUCUCAAUAUGCAAGACAUUAAGAGAGGCAGAAAACAACUUUAAUAUUUUUGUAAUACUACAAGAAGAAAAUAAAAAAUUAACGGAAGAGUUGCAAGACUAUGAUUUCCGUUAUAAGGCACGUCUAUUUAAUAGGCGUCAGACUAAACAGCAACUUAUUUUAUGGGAUUUAGAAGCAACCAUGCUAAAUGCUCAAACCUGGGGACCAAUUAAAAUGCGUUAUCAAAUAAAUUGGUAUCAAUACCUAACGGAACAGGCUGAAGUGCAGAAAACAUUAAAGGAUAAUGCAAUACAACAUAAAAUUGAUCAGUAUAAAUUCAAAAUGUUGAUAGAGAAAAUGUCUGCCGAUAAUAUAAGUGAUGUAUAUUAUACUCUUGCUGAGCAACAUAAACAUGAUCUUGAUGCUUUGCAAAACCGUUUUGAUUCUGAACUUGAUAAAAUUGAUAAUGAAAUAAGUUAUGUUCGUUUGCAAAUUGCAAAAUUAAUAGAACAGCAAAGGAUACUAAGCGAACAAAUUGAAGAGUUUCACGAACAAAUCAGAAAGCGUCUGGAAAAAGAAGAAUAUGAACGCCAGCAACAGGAAUUGGAACGUUUAAGAUUGGAGGAAGAAAUACGCUUAAAUAAGCUGAAAGAGGAGAAAAGUCGUAAAAAGAAAAGUGGUUUAAAAGCCAAAGCUUCCGCGAAAGUUUGAAAUUCAAAUUGUAAUUUAUAAAAUACAUUUCAAACUUUUCUUUUGCGAACC